UGCCAAGCGCAGCAGCUAAAAGGUCAAUAGUCACUGCUUCCGUUUUCCCUCUUACUGCGCUCCUUAAUCAUGACCUUGUCAGUUCGGCGACUCACUGAGAACUUGUUCCUCCUAGGAACAACUUCACUUGCUUUUGUUGCCUGGAUUAUUGCCUUUGGUGGAGCUUGUGCCAUUCCAGUUGCGCGUGCCAAUUGGUGGAUCAUUGUCUAUGAAUUGCUCAUUAUUCUGGCCGUGACAUUUUUGACUCUCACAGGAACCUACGAUCACUAUCGUCUAGCGCUGCUGACCUUUUUAGGUGCCAGCAUUGCUAUGCUGACUUUAGUUCUUGACAAUGUAUUGCCGACAUGGAAAAUCGGUGGAUGGCAUACAUCAGCAUGGAAUGCAUUUGCUGCUGGCUACGUGAUAUUGAUCAUUAUUCAGUUCUUGUGGAUAUUCGUUUUCGGCAGUGAACCCCACAGUUACCUUCAUCAGCUCAUUUACCUGAACACGAACACCGUUAACCAACAGCCAGCUGCAGCGGCUCAUCUGGAAGGAGAAAAGACUUUGACCCAGCCAUAUCCUCACGGCGGCGAGACUUCCAUUCCUAUGAGCCAUACUGGACCUCACACUCCUCGUCCGACUUCACCCCAUCCUGCAGCUAUCACAUCCCCCACUGCUACACCUGCAGGAUCGGCUAGCUAUAAUACGAAUGCUGCCCCAACGACAACGGAAUUCCGAGAAAAAGUGCGAGCACUUCACGCCUAUCAAGCUAAUCCUGACGAUCCGAAUGAAUUAAGCUUUGACAAGGGUGAAAUCCUCGAGAUAGUGGACCAGAAAGGAAACUGGUGGCAAGCUCGUAAGGCUGACGGCAGCGUUGGCAUUAUCCCCAGCAACUAUUUUGGUCAAGUAUCUUCGGCCUAAAUACAAAGAGUAUUGUUUUCCUGUUCUUUUAGUAUAAGUUAUAGCCCAUAUUUAAUAUCGUAGAUUUUGUAUCCUUUAUAAAUGAUCUCCUUACUUGUCGGAGAACGUAUAGUAAGAGCUAACAAGCCGUACACCCGCUGUGCAAUGGAUGCCGCCUGCCACCGGAGGUCGCCCCCUUACAUUGAGCGACUUUCGUCAGACAAAAAG